UUAUUUCCCAGUUGCUCAGGGAGGCAUGGGCAACGUAGAAGCAAGCAUGGCUCUGUUUUUCCUCAGCCUGUGGCUCCUCUUGGGGGCUUGCUUUGGGUGCCAGCAUCCCCUCUGUCAGUGCUCGGACAGAAUGGCAUUCAUCUGUCAGGAGAGUGAGGUGACCUAUGUACCACGGGACAUCCCCAGGAAUUCCACUGAACUGAUAUUUUUCCUCACCAAAAUAAGAAUCAUCCCCAAAGGAGCUUUCUCGGGAUUUGGAGAAGUGGAAAAAAUAGAAGUCUCUCAAAAUGAUGCACUGGAAACUAUAGAAUCAGAUGUUUUCUCCCACCUACCCAAGCUUUAUGAAAUAAGGAUUGAGAAAGCAAACAAUCUUGUGUAUAUUGAUAGACAUGCAUUCCAGAAUCUUCCCAGUCUCAGAUAUUUGUUGAUAUCGAAUACUGCCAUCAGAUUUUUGCCUGUUGUUAACCAAGUACAUGCUUUGCACAAAGUUGUGUUAGAUAUUCAAGACAACAUAAAUAUUCGCAAAAUUGAAAGAAAUUCAUUUCUGGGCCUAAGUUCUGAUCGUGUUGAUAUAAGACUGAAUAAAAAUGGAAUAUGUGAAAUUGAAAACCAUGCCUUCAAUGGGACUAUCUUGUCUGAGCUAAAUCUGAGUGAUAAUUAUAACCUAGAAAAGUUACCUAAUGAAGUUUUCCAAGGAGCUCAUGGACCAGGUUAUUUGGAUAUUUCUGAGACAAAAAUCAGUCAACUACCAAACAUUGGUCUAGAGCACAUUAACAAGUUGGUAGCGAAAUCUACAUACAACUUAAAAAAGCUCCCUCCCUUGGACAAGUUCCAUGCUUUGAUUGAGGCAAACCUCACAUAUCCAAGCCAUUGCUGUGCAUUUGAAAAUCGGACUAAACAAAAUUCUGUGAUCCACCCUAUAUGCAAUAAAUCUGCACUUUCAGAAGAGUCUGAUGAGCUCAGUUUUGAGCUGGAUGAAAAUGAUUACUAUCAAGCUCUAUGUAGAGAAGAAUUUAAAGUGGCUUGCUUCCCAGAGCCUGAUGCCUUCAACCCAUGUGAAGACAUAAUGGGCCACAUAAUUCUCCGAGUUCUCAUAUGGUUCAUCAAUAUCUUGGCCAUCAUGGGGAACCUUGUUGUGCUCAUCAUUUUAGUUAGCAGCCAAUACAAGCUCACUGUCCCUCGAUUCCUUAUGUGUAAUCUUGCAUUUGCUGAUCUUUGCACAGGUAUUUAUUUAUUAUUGAUUGCCAUCAAAGACAUGCAGAGUAGAACUCAGUAUUAUAACUAUGCUAUUGACUGGCAAACUGGGGCUGGUUGCAAUACAGCCGGUUUUUUCACUGUGUUUGCAAGUGAACUCUCCGUAUACACUUUAACCGUCAUCACAUUAGAACGAUGGCAUACCAUCACCUAUGCUAUGGAACUAGACCGCAAAGUCCGCUUCCGACAUGCAGUGGUAAUUAUGUUGGUAGGAUGGGUCUUUGCCUUCACAGUGGCCCUCCUUCCCAUAUUUGAAGUCAGCAGCUACAUGAAAGUUAGCAUCUGCCUACCUAUGGAUAUCGAAACGCUGCUUGCCCAAACCUACGUCAUGUUUUUGCUGAUAUUAAAUAUUCUUGCAUUUGUUAUCAUCUGCUCCUGCUACAUCAGCAUCUACUUCACGGUGAGGAAUCCCAAUGUUUUCUCAUCCAAUAGUGACACCAAGAUUGCCAAACGCAUGGCCAUACUGAUCUUCACAGAUUUCCUUUGCAUGGCACCAAUCUCCUUUUUUGCCAUUUCAGCAUCACUCAAGGUCCCUCUGAUCACUGUGUCCAAUUCAAAGAUCCUCCUUGUUUUGUUCUACCCCAUUAAUUCAUGUGCCAAUCCAUUUCUUUAUGCUAUCUUCACAAAGACAUUUCGCAGGGAUUUCUUCAUCCUACUAAGUAAGUUUGGCUGCUGUGAAAUGUACGCUCAGAUUUAUAGAACGGAAACUUCCUCUUCUGUUCAUACCUCCCAUAUGAAAAAUGGGCAUUGUACACCAGCUUCUAAAACCAGCGAUGGAACCAUUUAUUCAUUAGUGCCUCUGAAUCAUGUGAACUGAAGCAGAAUGGCUGUAAAUUUAUGUCAAAGGUUAUCAAAUGGUGAUCCUUGCUUCCUUGGGAAGAUGAAGGCAAUUACAAGAAAUGACAAAUAUUUUCCAUAAUCUCAAAUUGCUAUUUAGCUGUUUAGUUCUCAGGCAUACCACACAGAUAUAAAAUUCAGCUGAUGGGGUUAAAUGUAUCCUGUUUCCCCCAAAAUAAGACAUCCCCUGAUAAUAAGCCCAAUCGGGCUUUUGAGCGCAUGGCAAUAAGGCCAAGCGCUUAUUUCAGGGUUCAAUAAAAUAUAAGACAGGGUUUUAUUUUUGGGGAAACACGAUAGUUAUUAACAUGUGAUAUUAUUGCUGAAAUAUUUUGAUUUAGCCAACUUGAUAAAGCACAUAGUGUUAGCUGCAAACUUAGCUAUAUUUAAAAUAGAUUUAUUCAGAUCAAUGAGAAUUAUGUUCAUCAGUAACUUUAAAAAGUUCUCUACUUACUAUGACUAGCUCUGGAUCGAAGCUAUUUGUGAAUGUACUCUCCAAACUAAACUGAUUUUUUUUUUCAUGAUAGAGAUCCAAGUAAUAAUAUACUUUUGCUUACUAUGGACUUCUUUAAUGAGCAGAUAAAAUAAAUUUACACCAAGUUGACACUGGUGUAAUCUAGAUCAGAACUAUCUGCUACAACUAACAUCUUCAAAAUCUUGGGCAAGUUCAUUUUCCAGUAAUUUUCCUAUCUGAAAUCUCAUUAAAGAAUCUAACAAGCCAGAAACCAAACCUUUAUGUAUAAAAUGCAUGCUGUGUCACUCUUUUAGUAAGAUCUUCCUACAUUUACCUUAGCAAUAAAUGUCAAAUGCUCUGAGACUUAAUAAAAUUAGGUGAUCAAAUAUUGUACAUUGUUGGAACCAUAGAUCCUUGCUUCCCUUUUUUUACCAUUCUUCAGAUCAAAGAAACAUGAAAGCCAUCAAAUCCAUAUAAUGCAAAGGUCAGGAAUCUCCAAUUCAAAAGCAGAAAUCUCAAUCCAGAUCUUUGUGAAUUGUCAAAAAUAUAUCCCCUUUAUAGUCCAUUCUAAGUUACUUUUUCUGGUCUGUUCCUUGAUUACAAAGCUGAUGGAAGAAACGUCUAUAAGUUAUGAAAGGGAUUCCUGGCUACAGAUGGUUUGUUUGCUGUUGUUGGGUACUAAAUAAAAGAUUUGUCAAAUCCUUUUUUGCCUGCAAGAAUAGCAAAGGAACACUGCUUAACUAAGUACAUGUUCCCCCACACGACAGACCAAGGUAGGAAGAGGAGAGAUUACAGUUAGAAAAAUUAUAUAAUAAGUUAUCUUCCCCCUCCUUUCACAGUUAAAUGAUGGGUUCAGUAAACAUGAUAACAUGUGCGUAUUGCUAGGCCUGGACGAAAUGUUGAAUAAUUUGUUAAUGUUUAACUAAAUUAUUAUAGCUUAUAAUUUUGCCUUAAUGUGAUCUUAGUAAUCAUAAUAAAUGUAGAUAAUGGUUGGUAGCUGGAGAAGGCUCCUGCAUAUUCCUGGGACAGCAAAGAUGACUGGCAAGCAAGUGCUGGAAUGCAUAAUACCAGACAUGUCACUAGAAGGCAAAAUCACAAAACCUCAUCUUAUUUACUUUGGCCAUGACGUGGGGGAAUUCAUUGGAGAAAGCAUUUAUGUUUGGAAGUGUUAGCAGUAAAAGGAAACCAGGCCAUCAAAGAACAAGGUGGCUGGACACCAUCAAAGCUGACACCAACCAGAGCAUAGAAAAACUGAAAGAACUAGUGCAAGAUCAGAAGAUGUGGAGACACCUGGCCCACAGAAUUACCAAGAAUCAGAUUUGAUUGAAUGGAUAAUAUCAUCAUCAUCAAGAAAGCAGAACCUCUUAACUCCUAUUUUGCACAUAUCUUCUCAGAAUGGAAAUGGAUUAUAGUUAAGCCAUUGGAGAAAGAAUGGAUGAUCAAGGGCAGUUGUGAUAGCAUGGACUUCUUUUCUUGCCCCAGACUGUAGGACCAGAACCAAUGAAUUAAAGCUACAAGGAAAGAGUAGAAAAGACUUUUACAUGAAGUGAUGACCUGUCCUUCUCUGGAGGUGCUCAGACAGAAGUUGAAAGGCUAUCUGGCAGAGAUGCUAUAAUGGAUACUACAAUGGAUUGGACUAGAUCUUCUCAACCUCAGCAACUUUAAGAUGUUCAAAAGAAUUGUGGGCUAGACAAUGUUAAGGUCCCUUACAAUCUUAUGAUUUAGGAAACUAGAUUUUUUUUUUAAUUGUGGACAGUCAGCAUGGAUUCCAUAUUUUUAAAUAGACUGUUUUUGAUAUCUCCUGCUCAAAGAAUAAGUCAGAAAACAUUUUUCUUUGCAAUAAUAAUAAAAAUUCCAAAAAUGUUAA